GAACAAAUAAUUGCAACUGAAGCGGCUGGUUCUUGGCCAACUCCGUUUGUAUUUCCUGAAGUGCCGUGUGCUGCGUUCACUGAUGAAGUUUGCUAUCAGCAACUGAAACAAGUCGGUAUGACUGCUCUUAAUAAAUGCUGCACUAAAGGUAUUUAUUUAACUGAUAUUUGCAUGGCUGGACAUUGCUCAAAUUCGACGAUACAAAUUUGCUGUGCACAAAAAUUUUUGCAAGCGAGAUAUCGAUGUUGUGAGGAUAAAAAUCAAGAAAAGGCCGAUGCAAGCGAUUCGUUUAGUCGUUGUUGUUAUGAAAAUUUCGUCGAAGAUAGGGAUAAUUGUUGCCCUUCGGAUGUUGCGAAAAUUCAUUGGCUAUCGCUAUACGAUAUUUGUCUUCCUGACGUGAGGAUCGAUUUAAGCGAAGUUCAAUUAACUGCAUCGACAAGUGAUACUAAAAUGAUUUCAGUUGAUUUAAAUAUCGACAGAAGUUGGGACCACAAAUGUCGUUAUGGAGGAAAAGCUCUGCAAUUCCCUUAUUUGCCACAACAUUAA